GUUAGUAGCGAAACACUCUCCUGAUAACAGGUAAACAAAUAUGGCUGCUAGUUUCUGUGGCUGUUUACGAUUAUUUAUGAGUGGCGGGAUAACCACAAAUAAAUUACCAAAUCGUGAACAAUCUGGAGUUAAACUAGAUCCCUCUCAUUCUGGUCAAGAUGUCGUUAUAGUAAAAAAUGGAAGAAGAAUAUGUGGCAGCGGGGCUGCCCUUUCAAAUGCUCCGAUCGUGCAGAAUAAAGCUUACUUCGAAGUAAAAAUCCAGUCAUCAGGUUCUUGGGCGAUCGGUUUAGCAACAAGGAAGUGCAAUAUUAAUAAAUUACCAUUAGGAGAAGAUGCUGAGAGCUGGGUACUGCGAAAUGACGGAGCUAUCUUUCAUAAAAAUGAACAAAGCGCAACUCUUACCGGUGCAGUGGAGGAAGGCGAUAUCCUGGGCUUUACUUUCGAUCACGUAGACUUUAAUAUUUACUUAAACGGAAGACCAACAGGUUGCAGUGUGCAUGGUAUAAGGGGUACAACAUUUCCAAUAUUUUACGUAGACGACGGGGCGAUAAUGGAUAUUCAAUUUGUCAAUUUCUUUCAUGAACCACCUGAAGGAUACGAAAGAAUUAUGAUUGAACAAUCUCUUUUAUAA